CGCGGCGGGGAGCGGCCCGGCCCCCGGGGGCCCCCCGGGCCCGGCGCGGCGGCGUGAGGCGGCAGCUCCGCGGCCUUGAGGAAACAGAACACUUUGUAACCUGGACCCUCGAUUAGUCAAGGAUUUGCUGCUUUUUUGGAAGAAGUUUGCAAUUAUAUCACACCAUUUCUGAAUCUGCAUCAAAUGUUUCAAGGAAGUUGCAGGGAGGAGGCUCCAGCAGAAUGUUUGGAGAUCAGAAGGGAACCACAGCAUGCUGAUUGUGGGGAGAACAGCAGGAACAUCCUGGGCUCUCUGCAGCUGAGGGGUUUGAAAACAGCCUGAAAGCCUGCUGACCAGAGGAGUGGCUGAAGACUGUUCUGAAAGCACAUCUGACCACUGCUGCCACAGGGCCCCUGCCAGCCAGACACAAUGUACUGCCUUCAGUGGUUGCUACCUGUCCUCCUGAUACCCAAGCCCCUCAACCCAGCCUUGUGGUUCAGUCACUCAAUGUUUAUGGGCUUCUACCUGCUCAGUUUCCUCCUGGAACGGAAGCCUUGCACAAUUUGUGCCUUGGUCUUCCUGGCAGCCUUAUUCCUCAUCUGCUACAGCUGCUGGGGGAACUGCUUCUUGUAUCACUGCACAGGAUCCCAGUUGCCGGAAUCAGCUCAUGAUCCCAGCAUAGUAGGCACCUAAAAGCCAAUAAUCUUCCAGUCUGCUGACAGCUCUGGUUUUGCUUUUAAGAAGGGGGGAGGGGCUAGGGAGGAGGGAGGGGGUGUUAGGCAUGUGACUGGAGUACAAACAGCCUGUUUCCUGUAAUGUAUGUGUGGACUAGAGCAGUAUAUUUCUGAGCAGCCCUCCCACUCUGCCUGUGAAAUUUGACUUGUUUACUGUGUGAACUCUGGCAGUGCCACCUGCCUUUUUUUUUUUUUUUUUUUUUUUUUUUUUAGAAGCAGAAAAAUUUUUUUUUCCUUCCCAUAUCAUUGGGAAUGGGUAUCAGCCCUCCUAACUGAGAACCGGUGGAAGAAGGAGCUGUUGCCUCUAUCCAACUGUUGCAUGGUGGAGUUCUGGGUCACUCACUCAUCUGCAUUAGGCCACAGUGGUCUGACUUCGGGCUCUCAGCCCACUGAUUCUGCUCAAGUAUACAAGAUUCUCUCCGUCUUUCUGUUUACGGGGAGCCAGCCUUCCAACCUUGCUGAUGAAGGGAAAGCUCAACAGCUAACAGAUGCACUUGGCCAAAAGCUGCUGGAGCCUGAGGCAGUUGAGUCAUCUCCUCCUGCUCAUCCUGCCAAAGAGAGAUGUGUGCACUGCCCAAGUGCUUUCUGAACUUCUUACGCUCUAAGAUCAUAGCCUGAAAAAAACCUCAGUUAUGUUGCUGCUUUUACAAAGACUCACAUGCAGUGAAGACUGCCUCUUCUCCUCCUAGAUUUCUAGGCUUUACUGAGUUAUUGACUGUUGGGAUAAAGAACGGUUAUGGUGCAAGAUGUGGGGGGUUUUAAAGCCACUUGAUAAACCUCACCGUGAAAAAAAAGUCAUGCUAACUCAAAAGGCAGGGCAGGAAAGGAUCCUGAGGCGGAGCGUGGCUUGAAUAAUAACUUCAGCCAUUCUCAAUGACAAGCGUUUGCAGGCCACAAGUGACAGAAGUUGCCGGUACUACAGAAUGGAGAAGGGGAGAGGCUAGAGAAGUGCUCGGUGUCUCCUUUUUCCCUUGGCAGAAGGGCCUCAGGAAGCUUGGGUGGUGGGGAGUAGAUCUUAUGCGGCCACUGCUGUGCAGACCUCCUCACAGCAUACAUCACUUGAGUCUCAUAGUGGAGAGCAGCAGAAAUGCCUGUUGUCCUGAGGAAGUUCAAGCUAUGAGAUUGUGAAACUUCCAGAGUGUUGUUUGUUCAUUGCACAGCUGUUCAAAAUGUUUAAUAAAGCUUUAUAAACUUUGGUCUAUGGA